AUGAAUAAAUUUUUGGUGCCACUAAUUUUUUUGACGUUUAACAUAUUAAGAGUUGACUCAAUCAAGUGUUAUCAAUGCACAAGUUUAAACAACACAGCUUGUGGGGAUCCAUUUUAUGCGCUAAACACGCUUAGUGAAUGCUCAGAUUUAGGAACUCGAGAGGCAAUUUUGUGUCGUAAAUUACGACAGACAGUCGAUACACCAAAUGGAAAAAUAGUUCGAGUUACUCGAUCGUGUGGAUAUAUUCCCAAUACAAUUAAAGAACGAGACGAUGGAUGUUUCAGAGCAUCUUUUACAGCGCAAUCAUCUUCUCGUUAUUGUGCUUGUCCGAAUGAUGAGUGCAAUUCGAGUUAUUCGUUGCAUGGAAUUUCUACAAUCGUGAGCGUGAUUGCUGUACUUAUCUGCUUAAUCAUAUAG